ACCGCCUCAAGGCUUCAAGCGCAAUGUCGAACAGCUCGCUCAAGUCGAGUGCCAAGGACGCGACACAAGAUAUCACAUCGAUACCAUGGCAAUCGUUUUCUAUCCUAUCUCCCUAUCUCACUACACGCAUCUCAACGAUUGGGGAUCCAACUAUACCCGACGAAGAAACACAUAAACGAGAGAAUUUUGAUUAUGAUCCGAGGUAUCUCGAAACACCUUCGUUACACUCUUUGCCAGAAGAAAUGCCGAAUCUCAUCCGGCAAGAGUUACGACAUAUCUUCUUUGAAGUAACGGCCCUAUACUUACGCCACGAAGACGACUACAAAAUCGAGUGGCGUCGAGAUGCAAGCAUGACCUGUGUCGAUAAGCGACACCAAAUCAUUCAGCCAAAGAGAGUCUAUCAGUUCUUGAAUAAAGAGCUAAUAGUAUACUUCGAAACGCAAUCGGUUAGUGGCUCCUAUAGUGCCAAGAUCGCUCGCUACAUCUACCGAGAGUGGUUACAUCUGCACCAUGGGCGGCCGCCCUUUCAACGAGGCAGCUUCUUCGCCAAAGCGGUACAGAUCAGCAAGAACGGACCUCAAAACCUAAAACAGCUUUCAGCCUUCCAUCACAGGAUUUGUCAACGACUAUCAGUUCGCUUAGACGAUCUUGUCGAUUUCUAUCCAGCAACAAGGCCAACAACAUCACGACCACUUUUCUUCGAGCCGAUCCCCAGCAGAAAGAUACAAUCGUGGCGAGACAGCGGCUAUAUCUUACGCCAUCUAUUCCGUGCGCUAUAUAUAGUUGUUGACAGUCAGGCUCUAGCAGAGCCUCGAGAGCCAGACCCUAUCGAACGAGAUCACGAUGAUCCAAAUCUCUACCUCGAAGGCAUCCAUAACCGGUGCUUAUCACGCUGUACUGUGCUAUUAGUCAAGACAGGUGGUGAGGCGCACCUUCACUCUCCCAUCAGUUUCUUACCCCUAUUCGACGCUGGACUAGCAUUAAAUGUUAACCGUGGGGACUAUCAUAAUAAUGGAGAAGAAACGGUGGUGCGCGUCAAGUUGGAUGUUGCCGUACGUUUCGUAUGGGAACUCUUAUGUAAAGAGGAGGAAGCCCUUGAAGAGGUUGGACAAUUCGCCGAGGGGUUAAGACAGGAGCAGGACGCAUUUUGCAACGCGUGGGUAGAAAGGGUCAUGAGUCAUUCUCACCAAGUUGGUAUUGACAACAACGGAUAUACAUGGCUGGCUAUUCGCCGGGCCCUGGCCAGGAUGGACAGCGAGGCUUUCGAGGAAGAUCAAGUCAACCCGAUGUGGGAGGGCGUAAGGUGUUGGAUAUGAUGAGAGUGAGAUCUCUAGUAGGAGCUUCGUUAUGGCGAAGCGAGUCUUAGGUUGCUCAUCUUUACACGGUCUCGCUAUUUAUUACGUGACAACCAUGUACCAUUAUGCACUACAAUCGAGAUGGGUGACCCUAUUUCUUUAUUCCAGAACGAUGAGUUGGACCCUCUUCUCUAUGAUCUGGUCCUGGAAUCGACUGUUAGAAGGGACGAUUCGGCUCUGG